AAAAAAAAGAAAGAAAAAUAAAAACAAAACGUUUUUUUAUAUAACAACCAUUUUCUUGCAGUGCAUUCGAGUAGUUUGUUAUGUUAUCUUUCGAUUAUUUCGAUUCCUAACUGAUGAACCGGUUAAACGGCCUGUUUUACAUAGCAAUGCGCCGUGUUUUGAUCAACAAACUGGCCUCAGUUUGCCAUAGAAUCGCAAUCCAUACGGAACAACGAGUUAAUAUGCCGCAGGCUAAUCUUAAACUGAGUGCACACGAUCAGCAGGUGUUGGAGUCCGUCUUCAAUCCCUUGGAGCUCAGUGGCAUUGUGCCCCACAAUGGUGCUAUCCAGGCCGAAAUGGAACUAAUCGAUGUCGAGCCGGAAUCGGAAAAUCUGCAAGCAUCUAGGGAACUUGAGCUGCUCGCUGUGCGUUUAACGGAGCAGGGAGAAUUGGAUGAGGCACUACUGAAAUUCGCAGAGGCAUUGCGGCUCUCUGAACGAGCCUCCGUUUUUAAUAAUCGAGCGCAAACAUUGCGCUUGGCCAAACGUGAUAACGAUGCUCUUGAGGAUCUAAAUCGUGCUCUGACACUCGCAUCCGAGCAACAACUGCGCACCAAAUGCCACGCCUACUGUCAACGUGGCGUGUUGCAUAGAAAAUUGGAAAACUUGGACGCUGCACGCACCGACUUUGAAGCUGCCGCGCAGCUUGGUAGCAAAUUCGCCAGAGAGCAGCUGGUGGAAAUCAAUCCAUUUGCUGCACUCUGCAAUCAAAUGCUGCGCCAAGCCUACGAUCAACUGAAAUGAGCGCUUCACGUUCAGCAUCGGCUCUGAUUUAGCGAAUAAGGCGAACGCUCGUUAACAUAAAUAAAAAUUAAUUAAGCUCAAGACGCGUCAUUUUAUGCGAUAAGCGACAGCAAAAGCAACCGGUGGCGAUGCCGCGUUAUGUGGCAAGCUGCAAAUUCGAGCGGCAAACAGCAAGCAAGCAAGCAAAAAAAAGCAAAAAAAAAAGUGGCACGUGGAACGCACUGCACAGUUGCAACCACAAAAGUCUCGGGAUUCGGGAGUCAAGAGUCGUGAGCUCUCGGGGGCCAAUAUACGAGUUCGAAUUGAACGGCAACAAAAAACAAAAACAGUUAUUAAAUGCAGCAGGCCAGGCAGAGGCUAGUGGCUUGUCAGAUUGCAGCAGGCACCUUCUAGCCAUAGCUGUAGCUGUAUCUGAAUGUGGAUUCAACGGCAAACCCGCUCCCCAGUCUCGGCGAAGCGACAACGACAACGGCAACGAGGACGACCGCAAGCUAAAUUAAAAUAAACGAAAGUGGUUUACGCAGGAUAACGAGCAAAGCUAAGAGAAAAGGGCAAGGGCAAGGGAAUGGGAAAAGGGGCUCUGGGAUUUGUGCAAACGGCGUGCGGUUUCGUGGCACGAGCACACAAGCAGGAUCCAGAUCCUGAACAGAGCCGCCAGUCAUGUAAGCGCGCCAAGCUUAACAGUAAAGCUUAAAAGACGACGACGAUUUUGGCCCUAAGUCAAAGUAACCUGUUGUUUUUGUUGUUAAUGUUGCUGUUGUAAAAGGCCUUUGCUUUUGUAUAUGCAACGACCUGCAACGAUUGCGGUCAAAAGACGCGCGUCCUGCUGCUCCUGGCGCAGAGGAGCAGGUGCAGCAACCACACAGCCAAAUACAUAUACGAUAUACAAAACAAAAACCAAAGGAAAAAAAAGCAGCAGCAACAACAGCAGAAAAGGAAAAACAAAAACUGUAUAGGCAACAAUCGAAUGUGAAUGCAAGUCAAGAGAGAUAUUCAAACUCGUAGAUGCGCGAGCUAAAGUCGCUCUAGCUGGACAAGGACGAGGGUUGAAGUAGCGCCCCUUGUGGAAACCAAUUUUUGAUUGAUCUCCUGCAGUUGGAGCUACCCAAAGUAGAAACUGUGUAAAGGCACUCGCACUCGUCCUCAUUAUUGUUACCAAGUGAGUGCAAUGAGCGCAUGCGCAUGCAGUUUCUUGAAGGAAGAAGGAAGUUGCCUCGCAUCGCCUCGCCUCAGCGUAGGUAGAUCAACAAUAACAGCAACAGCAACAGCAACAACGGCAACAACAGCAAGAUCCUGCGUAUCCUGCGUCAGUUGUGCUGAAGCCGCAGCAAAAAGAACGCCAUAUGUUGCACUUCAGCUAAAGGUAAGCAGGCAGCCCAAAAGAGUCAAGAGCUCAGCUAAAUCAUUCAUUGCUGCUGCUGCUGCUGUUGCUGGGGAGCAGCAUCAUCAGCCUCAACAUUAUCAUCAUACUUUCGUGGACUAUCCCCAAACUCGCAGCGGAACUAAAUACCAAUCUUGACCAUGCCGGAACUGUAAUUUGAUCGACAGCACCAACAGAUAGAUAUUAGAUAGCAUCUCCGAAGUUUUUUUUCUUCCUGCCAAAUUAUAAACUAAGCCCGGCUAGAAUGAGAUUCUGCUUCCCUUUGGGUUAUUCACCCUCAACUCAACUCAACUCGGCUUGGCUCAACAGUUGCAUUUGUUUCCUCUACUGUGUCCUUUUUUCAGUCUUUUUUUCGUUUUUGAAUUGCCCCUACUCUCUUUUUUGUUGCUCAUUUUUGUUGCUUCUCUGGCGCUGCUGUUCGAGUAUCCGAGCUGUGCAUUGUGUACCUGAGAUCGGGGCGCGUGCCUGCUGUCGUCGUUCAGCUCUCAGCUUAGGGCCCUGACUCUGACUCUGGCUCUGGUUCUGACUGCGGCUCUGUAUCAGUCUCGGCCUCUGCCUCGAUUUUGACCAACACAUGACGCGGCAUGUUGCCGCUACUGCUGAUGCCUCGUCCUCCCUGAACCUCUCUACGCUCUCGUACAUCCAGUUUUUUCUCUGCUAUGUGUGUAGAAUAAACGCUUCGUGCAGCAACUGUAAUUCAGGUUUGCUUAUGCAAAUAUUUUGAUAGCACCGAGGACAGCAUCGAAGUAUCAAUGAAACGUUGUUAUAAUUGACUAAAUAACCAAAAAGCCAAAUGAUGAGAUGUGGUCUUGACUAGUAAAACUCAAAACAGGGAUUAGGGUAAUAUGUUGAUGAGUUUCACAAAACUUUUGCAAUGGUAAUGAGAUCAUGUCAAUGAAGCCAUAUUUUCAACGAGUAUCUUUAUUAAAUUUAAAUGUCAAAGCAGUAAGA